UUUCCUUGUCUUUAACAUAUAUUAAAAACAUGCCUGCGUCUAAAUCUCCUCCAUCCCUUAACCACAACAAAAGUUUUAAGCAAGCCGUCCGCAGCACGGUGAACUUCCAUCGUAGCAUUUGGGGAGAUCAAUUUCUCUCGUAUAAUGAGAGAAAGGAUCAAGCUUGUGAGGAGCAACGUGCUACGGAACUAAGGGAGAAAGUGAGGAAAGAGCUAGUGAUCGCUAGAUCAAUAGAACCAACACAACAUAUUAAGUUGUUGGAACUUAUUGAUGCGGUCCAACGCCUUGGUGUAUCGUAUCAUUUUGAAGAUGAAAUCGAGGAAUGUUUAAAUAAUAUUUAUCUUAUGUAUGGGGAUCAGUGGAUCGACGAUGAUAACCUCCAAAGCACUUCACUUUGGUUUAGACUCCUACGACAACAAGGCUUCAAUGUUUCAAGCGGAAUAUUCUACAAGUACAAGGAUGAAAAUGGUCACUUUUUGAAGUCUAUGAAAGAUGAUAUUCACGGGAUGUUAUCUUUGUACGAAGCAACACAUAUGCGGGUGGAAGGCGAAGAAGUUCUUGACGAAGCCCUCGAGUUUACAAGAUAUCAUCUCCGGAAUAUGAUCAAGAAAAACAUUUGUAACGACGUUUCGCUUGAAACUCAAAUACAUCAAGCACUACAACAACCUCUUCGAAAAAGAUUGCCACGACUAGAGACUUUGCGUUACAUACCAAUCUAUCAACAACAAGAUUCUCGUAAUGAUGACUUACUAACACUUGCUAAGUUAGAUUUCAAUUUACUCCAAGAACUUCACCGAAAGGAGCUUAGCCAAAUCAGCAAAUGGUGGAAGAACUUUGAUGUCUCCAACAAACUACCUUAUGUUCGGGACAGAAUAGUCGAAGGUUACUUUUGGAUAUUGGCGGUCUACUUCGAGCCUCAACAUUCUGAAUCAAGGAUUUUUCUAAUGAAAGCUUGCAAUCUUGUGAUCAUUUUGGAUGACACAUAUGAUAACUAUGGUACAUACGAAGAGCUCGAGAUCUUUACUAAAGCGGUUCAAAAAUGGUCGAUAAGUUGCUUGGAUAUGCUUCCUGAAUAUAUGAAGCCGAUAUACCAAGAACUUCUUGAUGUUCACAAAGAAGCCGAAGAAUUCCUAGAGAAGACAGGAAAGACAUACCGUAGCUAUUAUACAAAAGAGAUGGUUAAAGAGUACACUCGAAACCUCUUAAUUGAAGCCAAAUGGGCAAAUGAGAGGUAUAUUCCAACCGUUGAGGAACAUAUGUCGGUUACACUUAUUACUUGUGCCUACGCCAUGAUCAUCGCGAAAUGUUAUGUUUAUGGGGAAGAUUCGGUGACCGAGCAUACAUUUGAAUGGGUGUCAACUUAUCCUCCUAUUGUCAAAGCUUCUUGUUUGAUUUUAAGGCUUAUGGAUGAUAUGGCCACACAUAAGGAGGAACAAGAAAGAAACCAUGUAGCUUCUAGUGUCGAAUGUUACAUGAAGCAAUACGGGAUCUCAGAGGAGCAAACACAUGAGUUGUUCACAAAACUAGUUGAAGAUAGUUGGAAAGUUAUAAAUCAAGAGUCUCUAAGGCCAACCGAAGUCCCGAGACCUUUACUUAUGCCUCCAACUAAUCUUGCACGAGUUUGUGAUGUGCUUUAUACGCGUGGUGAUGAUUAUAAUCAUGCUGGAAAAGAGAUGAUCAGUCACAUUAAAUCACUUCUCGUUGAUCGCUUAAGUGUUUAAGAUUUAAUACAUAUUGUUCAUUGUGUUUUUUAGUUAAAGUUAUUAAUUUGAUUUGAGUUGAU